AUGACUCGAAUUAACGAUAAUUCUAGUAUCGAAGAGAAGAACGUUAAAAAGAAAAAAAGUAAAACGAUUUAUUACAAUAAAACAGCAUCCAAACAUGUCACUACCAUCGGAAUAGACGAAGACAAAAAGCCAAAAUCUGGCAUAGUAUCGCAUAAAUUGAUGUUUAUAUCUGCUGUCAUAGGGGGUUUAAGCGUAAUCAAUUUUGGAUUUGUCUUGGAAUAUGCUGCUCCAGCUAUACCUCAACUGAUGCUCCCAUCAGCGGGCAUUUUGCGCUUGGAUGAAGAUUCAUCAGCAUGGUUCGGGAUUUACUCUUCUAAUAGUACUUUCUCCUAUCACAAUUCCAAGUCUCUAGCACUAAUCGGCGCAUUGGCUGGCGGUUUAAUUAGUGGUCAUAUCAUGGAAAAUUAUGGCAGGCAAUCUGCCAUUAUUCUGAUAUCUGUGCCAUCUUCUGUUGGUUGGUUGUGUAUUAUGUACGCUCAAUCGAUACAAAGUCUUUACAUCGGUCGGGUUUUAACCGGUCUUUCUGUUGGUAUGGCCACAAUGGCAUAUCCGGUUUAUAUCGCUGAAAUUUCUACUGCCCAAGUACGGGGAUUUUUUGGUUCCUUUUUUCAAAUUGGAGUCACCAUUGGAUAUGUACUCGGUGCUGGAUUAGCUUUAGGCCAGAUAAUUGCUACCUUAUUAGGAAUUUGUAUGAUGUUUAUGCCGGAGACACCUCGAUGGCUGCUAUCGCAAGGUUAUAAGCGAUCUGGUCUUGACUCUUUGCAGCGUUUGCGAGGAACAGAUGUCCCUAUUAACUACGAAUUAUCAGAAAUCCAAGAUCACUUGGAUAAUAUUGAACCAUUUAGCUAUUUGGAAUUAUUUUCUACAGGUUUAAAGAAACCGUUUCUUCUUAGUAUAGGCUUAAUAUCAUUUCAACAACUUUGUGGGAUCAAUGCAGUUUUACCUUUUUGUAUUUACAUCUUUAACCAAGCUGGCUUCGACAAUAGCAAUAUGGUUAAUCUUAUAGCCAGUUUAUCACAAUUGGUAACUAGUAUCGCCGUGAGCUUCUUUGUCGAUCGCCUUGGUAGAGUUUUACUAUUAACCUUUGCAGCUGCAGCCAUGUCUAUUACUUGUUUUGCAUUUGGCCUCUACUUCCAACUGACAUCUUUAUACGAUAUAAAUCUUAAUUGGUUAGCUCUAAUAAGUAUUUUUGUCUACUUUGUGGCUUUUAAUUCUGCCUGGGGUAGCCUUCCAUUGCUUGUGAUAUCUGAGAUACUACCAUCGAGAGCCCGUGGCGCUGCUGGAGGGCUAUGUACCUGCUUUGGUUGGUCUGUAGGAUUUGGCGUUAGUUAUGUAUUCAUUCCGUUAAGUAAUGCAAUUAGUAGUCAAGGAGCUUUUUGGGUUUUUAGUGCAUUAAAUCUAUUAGGAGCACUUUUCGUUUACUUUUUUGUGCCUGAAACAAAGGGUAAAACUUUAGAAGAGAUUGAAUAUUUUUUUAACUCUAAAAAAACUAUGGGAAAGCGAGUUACUGAGGUAUAA